GUGUCUGUCUGCCUUCCUGUGUUCACAUCGUUAGAACAGUAAAGUAAUAUGCAACAGUUAUGUUUGUUGGACUGCAGAAUGAUGGAGGAGAGAAAGGGGGACUGUUGGAUCCACAUCAAGGAUCAGUUUGACAACUUGGAGAAACACACACAGUGGGGAAUCGAAUUUGUCGACCGGUACUCUAAAUUCGUCAAGGAACGAUCGGAGAUUGAAACCAGCUAUGCAAAGCAAAUCAGGAAUCUAUCGAAGAAGUAUCAACCCAAGAAGAACUCACGAGAGGAAGAGGAGAACAGGUACUCUUCCUGUCGAGCCUUUGUGUCCACCCUCAAUGAGCUGAACGACUACGCCGGCCAACAUGAGGUCAUCUCGGAGAACCUCACCGCCAACAUCGUGGCUGAGCUCGCUCGCUACCUCCAAGAGCUCAAGAGCGAGAGAAAGUCGCACUUCCACGACGGACGCAAGGCGCAGCAGCAGAUCGAGAGCUCGUGGAAGACGCUGGAAGCAUGUAAAAGAAAAUUCGAGAGGGACUGCAAAGAGGCGGAGCGGGCACAGCAGCACUUUGAGAAGAUGGACGCCGACAUUAAUGUGACAAAAGCGGACGUAGAAAAGGCUCGCCAGCAGGCUCAGGUCAGGCACCAGAUGGCUUCGGACAGCAAGAACGAAUACUCGGCCUACCUGCAGAAGUUCAACCAGGAGCAAAACGACCAUUAUUACAGCGUCAUCCCCAACAUAUUCCAGAAAAUCCAAGAGAUGGAGGAGAAGAGGAUUGAGCGGGUGGGAGACUGCAUGAAGACGUUCGCCGACGUCGACCGCCAGGUGCUGCCCAUCGUGGGGAAGUGUCUGGACGGCAUGACCAAGGCCGCAGAGUCCAUCGAUGCCAAAACUGACUCCCAGCUGGUGGUGGAGUCCUUCAAAUCCGGGUUCGAGCCCCCGGGAGAUGUGGACUUUGAGGACUACGGCCAGGCCAUCACGAGGACGUCGUCGGAGACCAGCCUGUCCAACCCCAGGGAGAGCAAGGAGAAGCCGGGCGGGAAGAGCAAAGGCAAGCUGUGGCCUUUCAUCAAGAACAAGAACAAGCUUAUGUCCCUGUUAGUAUCCCCCCACCAGCCCCCCCCAGCCCCCCCUACCUCAGCCCCGCCCUCACCCUCUGCUGUUCCCAACGACUCCCAGUCUCCCAAGCAGCACAAGGAGCCCCUCUCCCACCGUCUCAACGACUUCAUGGCUUCAAAACCCAAAAUGCAUUGUCUCAGGAGCCUGAGGCGUGGGCUUUCUCUCAAGCUGAUCACCCUCAAUUCCCACAUCCGGAAUCUCAUUGAGGGCUCUGGACCAGAAGACUUCAGCCACCUGCCGCCGGAGCAGAGGAGGAAGAAGCUGCAGGGGAAGAUAGACGAGCUGAACAAAGACAUACAGAAAGAGAUGGACCAAAGGGACGCCCUGACCAAGAUGAAGGACGUGUACGUGAAGAACCCGGCCAUGGGGGACCCGGCCAGCGUGGACCCCCGCCUCGGGGAGUUAGCCCAGAGCAUCGAGAAGCUCCAGUACGAGGUGCAGAAGUUUGAGGGCUGGCUGGCCGAGGUGGAGGGAAGGAUGCCGUCAAAGAGUGACCCCCAGAAGAGACAGAGCGGGCUGUACCAGACCACCGGCCAGAACAACACCCCCAUGGGGAGCAACUGUGCCCAGGACAGAGAGAGCCCGGAUGGUAGCUACACGGAGGAGCAGAGCUCAGAGACUCAGAUCAAGGCCCAGGCCCCGAGUGCCAACCCCGGGCCCCUCCCCACCUCCAGCACGCCCGAGUUUGACGACGAGUUUGACGAGGAGGAAGCCCUGCCCACCAUUGGCACCUGCAAAGCCCUGUACCCCUUUGAAGGUCACAAUGAAGGAACCAUCUCUGUGGCAGAGGGGGAGCACCUGUUCGUCAUCGAGGAGGACAAAGGGGACGGGUGGACCCGCGUGCGCCGCAACGAGGACGAGGAGGGCUACGUGCCCUCGUCCUACGUCGAGGUCUUUUUGGAAAGCAACGCCAAAGAUUCCUAAAAGUGUGAGGCUGGUCGGGGAAUGGCAGGGCAAGCAGCCUGGGAGAAAGCCACCGUUUUCCUCGAGCGAGAAAUAUAAAAUAGAACAGAACGCUGAUCUUUAAGGAUUCAACCAAUAACAAAACAGUUGAAACUGACACCGAAACCAAAACAGUUUCCGAAUUCUGUAGCGUUAAACUCAAGCCGUGUGAGAACAAACACAUUUGACAUCACACCUAAACAACAACAAUCACCGAUAAUGUUACCUUUCUACAAUUAAUAUUAUUCUUAUUACUAUUAUGAUUAUUAUAAUUUGCGUCUUUUUAGCCGUGCUUUGCUUCAUGACCCAACUAACUCCGUGCCGUGCGUGGUCUUGACAGCAGCUCUUGGCUUUCUCGCUCCGAUGCCCCACCCCCAAGUCAACCCCCACCCCAACCCACCCUUCCUGCCCUCCACCCGCAGCCCGAAACAGGCAGGGGGAGGGCGUGGUCAGAGAAAGGCCUAGGACGACCACCCAGAAUGCCAUUUUACCUCAUAUGAUCGAAGCAUUGGAAGAAGCCCGCCACUCCCAUCCUACCACGUGUGUGUGUGUGUGUGUGUGUGUGUGUGUGUGUGUGUGUGUGUGUGUGUGUGUGUGUGUGUGUGUGUGUGUGUGUGUGUGUGUGUGUGUGUGUGUGUGUGUGUGUGUGUGUGUUCGGGAGCCUAUCUAUGAGCAAGGCCACGCCCACCUCAUCACCACUCAUUCAAGUCCCUCCAAAGUCAGCUCCCCUGAUGUUUUCUUUUGCCGUUUUCAACCGAGCUUGGUUCUAACUUAUCGGACUGGAUCUGACCACGUAUUCCACGUGUUUCCCAACUGCAUGAGUACUCCCCAUGCCCCUCAUUCCCCAUGCCACACUAUGUAUGGCAUGGUUAUCAACACAGGGACAUGAAUGCCACCAUUGGUUGAAAGGACGAUGGAUCCACAUCACUGACCACCUCCACCUUUGAGUCUUCCUCACUGCCUCGCCGCGGGGGUGUUUGUCCGUCUCUCUCUGACCACACCCACUAAUCACCUCCUCUCCCCGAAACCCCAAGAACCCAGCCUCAGGCAGCAGAGCCUGAGCGUGUUGCCCCCUGGGGUGGGGGGGCUGUACUGCAUGCUUGCCCUGUCUCCUCCUCGCUGCUGAAAGACCAGCGGUCCCCCCCUCCCUCCACAGCCUCUGGUCUUUCUGCUAACCCCCCCCCCUCCCAAUGCCUGUCUUGUCUUUUUUAAUGGAUUAAUGAACCUGUGAUGCCGCCUUUGUUUCGGGGUUCUGUGCCUGUGGUCGUCUUUUUACUGUUUGUUUUUGUAUUUUUACAGUUUUUGUUUUGUUUUGUUCUCUGUCUGUCCGUUAGUGAUCGAACCACAACGUUGUUUGAGAAAUCAUGUCUGUUUGUCUGUUUUUUUUAUUAACGGUUGACUGCAGUGAUUUUUUUUUCACUGAUCACAUUGCCACACACAGUAUAGAGACCAAGCCGAUAUGAGGGUCUCUGGGUGAUGUGGCGCCUGACAUGUGGUCCACUCUCUUCUGUUAUACUGUAGAUGAACAGUGUUAUGUGUUUGUAUGUGAUAUGUGGAGUGUUGAACCAUGGUUUUAGUUUACAGGUAUCCCUGUGUGGACGCAGGCGUUACAAUCGCCCCCACAUGAGACAAACAAUCCAAAAACAACUAAGCCCCAAUUAAAAAUCAUCAACAGUAUUGAUCACGUCCACAGCCUGGUCUGCUACUGAUUAUUGUAUAUUGUAUAUAAUUAUAUACUGUGAUUAACUCCCUGAUCAUUUCUCUGCGUCUGUGGUGGGAAACAUGAGACAUUAGCAAUGUGUAUGGAGUAUCAUUCUAUCACUGUUUUAUAUUGGAGAAUGCCACUAUCUCUGAUAUCAAUGGAAUGGAGGUAUAAUGUUCAUAAUAUAAAUAUAUAUAAUAAUACUUAGGGGCAUAAAAUAAACAGUUUGUUUUUGUGGAUUUCAAAGAAUAAUGUCCACCAUUUCGCUUUAUAAAGGCACAUACAUUAUCAUUUUUCUUUUAACCUUUUUUGUGUCAAGUCGAAUAAUUGUAUGUCUUUUGGUUUUAUUUUUAUUGCAAGAGUGUGCUUUGAAGCUGGAUGCGUACGUUGAAUCGCUUGGCGGGUCGUCAGUUCUUCUUUAAUAACAGUGAGGCUGAGGUCCCUUAACUGCAUUCCACGCGGCAACAUCAUUAACCCAUUACGAUCAUUGACUGAAGAGCCACUGCUGAAAGGUUAACUCAGUCAACACAUGUGCUAGGUUUUAAACAGUAUGAAUUAAACUUAUUGAGUUCUUUAUUGUCA